AUGAACCCUUCUGCAUUGAUCUCCGGACAGCAGCAUGUCUUCGGAAACUCUUCAUCUUCAUCAUCCGCAGUCCAAAGGCCGUUUAUCCCACCACAGAGGAUCUUAGGUGGUGGUGCAUCUUCGUCAUCAUCUUCUUUACUUCAACAUCCGCAACAUCAGCAACAACAUGCAGCUUUCGCUGGUGCAGCGCCAGGAGGGCUUGUCCUCGGAGGUGGAGGUGCAUCCUCAUCAUCGCCGUCGUUAUCCGCAGCUGCAGGUGGAUUACUUGGACACCAGCAGCAGCAACAUGCACAACAUGCGAUUCCGCAGCAACUUCCACAACAACCUCAACAAGUCGCUAGCACAUCGUCAUCCUCCUCGUCCGCACGACAACAUCCUCGCACCAACGAAGCCUUAGCCCUGUUCCGCCAACGGGGGUGGCAGCUUAUCCCACAGAGGGUGUCGGACAUGUGCUAUGCUGUAGACAACACUAUGUUGAGCAGUAGUUUAAGCUUGACAACUCUUCUUGGCAGUGGUCGUGGAACAAGAAGUAACACUUCUUCUAGCAAUUCUACUUGGGCAGACCAGCUUCUACAAAUCUUCCUUGGUCAAGACUUGCGUUUAAACAUGGCGAAGGGAACGCUGCGGCCGGACAUAGGUGAGCGGGAUUUUGUUGAAGGGAAUAUGUCGCUGCAUGAAAACCCAGCACAGCAACAUCUGCUGCAAGUCCUAGACACUGUGUUGAUCAGUGAGAGUCUGUUGAAAGAGAAGAAGAAAGAAGACGAGGAUAAAGCACCUGAUAUCGGUCCUUCUGGGGGGCAACAGAAUGUGAACGAUGGUGCUGGCGGAGAUCAGCAACAACAACAUGCGCAAUCUUCAACUUCAACUGCUGUCCACUAUAAAGCGUUCAAAGCCUACUCCAAGCGGUUGAAGCGACUGCCGAAGAAACGAACGCGGAAGUUCUGUUUUACAGACGGUCAUACAACUUGCUUUGGACUCGAGAAAAAGAAUCUGCCGAAUGAGCUGUCCUUGCCAGGAUGCAAGUUUUUACUUUCAUCUUCGCAAGUUGGCAGAACAAGUACUUUGAGCAAUUAUAGUGGAAACAAUCAGAAUCAGAUGAUUCCAGUUCGCAGAGGCCUCCUCAUGCUACGACCCGAGCACGUAUCCGUAAUCGCAGUGCCUGACUAUGUGUCUUCUUACAAAACCGCAUCUGGUCGCGACGACGAUGAUGACUCGGACUCCUCAUCCGAUGAGGACGAUGAUGAAGAUGGCGAUGACGAUGAUGAUAAUCCAGAUGGUGGAGGAGGGAAGAAGACCAAGCGUGGUGGCGGAUUCGCCAGCUCCAAAGCACGUAAAACAAAAGACGAAAAACUAGGCGACGCGAGUGGUAAAGCAGCAGCCGCUAAGAGGAAAAAGAAGAAGAAGCCAGGCGUUGAGUUUUUCUUCGGUCCUGCCAGUAACGCGCCGAAAGCCAUAGGUCCUAAUGGAGGUGCAGACUUGACUGGAAUCGGUGGGAAUUACACAUCUGGCGGACCGUCGAGUUCUUCAAGAGGUGGUGGAGGUGGAAAUAGUAACUUCAAAAGCAGCAAUUUCAAGAGCGGGGGUGGAGGAGGUGUCAAGAAAUCAGGUUGGAAAAAAACAGGAGGUACCUGGACCACUAAGAAAGCUGGAGCGAAAGCAUCUGGAUGGAAGGGGAGGAAGAAGAAAUAACUUAGAGUACUCUGCCUGACGAAUAAGAAAAACGUAGAUGAUAUGAGCACUCAUUCAAAUUUUGCUGAUUUUUGAUUCCCAUUCCCCCAAUACCCAGCAAACCACUUUAUUCCAUUCUUGCGCAUAACCUCGUUUAUUGAAAGCAAAUAAAUAUGUUCUGAUGCUCAUGCUGCAUGCAUCACCAGUACGUGUGCUUCUGAGAU